UUUAGUGGGGGGAAGAAGAUUCCUGCACCAAGAAGCAACGUGGGCAGGCGACCGAGAGAUGCCCGGGGCUACGAAAUGCCGCCGUCGCCACGUGCUGUCCGCCCUUGUCUUCUUUCUAUUUCUCACUUCAGCGCGGACGUCCCGCUUGGAAAGCGAUAGCAACGUCGCCAUCCAAAGCAAAGCCAAAGACCUCCAAGGGCCCGCAGGGGACCGGAAAACGCUGCUCGACUUGCUGCUCAAAGCUCUGGUGGACAGCAGCAGCAGCAGCAGCAGCAGCAGCAGCUUCCAGGCAGCCUCUCAUCCCUUCAGGGCGGAGCGGGUCAUCGCUCGGCGCUUCGCCAACGGCGGCGGCGGCGGCGGCGCCCAUUAUUCCUCGGCAGCUCUGGAUCGGGAAGCCAAAGUCAGCUCUUCCUCGACCUCCAGGGAGCGAGCGCCCAGGUUCUUAGCCGCUUCCAGACAUUCAGAGAUAUUUCCAAGAGAUUCCAGUUUAAAAGACAAAUUCAUCAAACAUUUUACAGGUCCUGUCACAUUUUCAGCUGAAUGUAGUAAGCAUUUCCAUCGUCUAUAUCAUAAUACACGGGACUGUUCAACACCAGCUUAUUAUAAAAGAUGUGCAAGAUUGCUGACAAGGUUGGCAAUGAGUCCAUUGUGCACGCAGUCAUAGGAAGACAAUUAGGUGGAUACCUCUGUGAUGACUGAUCUUUCAGACAUUCCUGCUAACACUGAAUCUGAUUUGCCGAGAAAGUGCCUUGAAAUCUGCCCCAAGACAAUAGAGAAGAUAUCUUGUGCUUUUUGAUUUAUAAAUGUUUGGUACUAGAUACAUUUUAUUUUCAUAUAUGUUGGAUAUUCCAAACCUCUGUGAAAGGAACAUAUUUUAUUUGAAUUUGUAAAUUUGCUGCCUAUAUCUCAAAUCAGCCAAUUUAUUUAAAUAUAUUGUAUAUAAUGACUACUAAUAUGCUACCUGUUUUAAAUAUAUGCAGGGAAUUAAUUGAUGUUUGUGUUAUCUUGUUUCAUUGUAUUUUAUUGCUCAGGCUCUUAAUUUCAUUAUUUGCACUAACUUGAAAUUCAGAGGUCUAAAGUAACUGAAAAAGCUGCAAAAGGAAUGGUUUACUUUCAAUAGAAAUGUUUUAUAUUAUGAUGCUUUGAAUUAAGUGUAUGUAUGUGUCCUUGUGUGCAAUAUAUGAGUGCAUGUGUGUAUGUAUAUUUUGCACAUCACAAUCAAAUGCACAUAAAUGCUUUAUAAGGCUAUUUUGGAUUACCAUCAGUUACAUUUGUACUGGCACUUAACAAAAAAUGUUAUAAAUAAUAUAAAUAUAAAAGACUGGAAGACUGCAAUGCAGCUUUGGUGGAAUAAAAGCAAA